AUGGUACCGAAACCUUCCGGCUCGCUCUUGUCCGGCGCGCGCAAGUCGGGUAUCUCCCUCGCCCUCAACGGCGGCUCAGGACAACCGGGAGGCGUCUCGCUUCACGACCGCUUGUCGGCGAGAUCAAGAGUCACAAACCUCGGCGUCGUCCUGCUUCUUGGCUUUGCCGGCUUUUCCGCCCUGUUGAACCUCCGAUAUAUGCUCUUCAACCGCAGUCAUCCUGCGAUACCGCAAAGCUACAUCGAGUUCAACGGUCGCACCCCCGAACUGCUCAGCAACAGCGUACCACCUCCUCGCACAGGCACCGACCAUCUCAACCAUCUUGUCAUCGUCACAGGUCAUGCCAUCUGGGCAGGCUGCGACGUCAAGGCCAAGGACGACGACGAGAAUUGGGUGCUCGAGGACUACCAGAAGGGUGGAAGCGUCAAGACUUUCUACAAGCACAUUGAAAAGGGAAUGCAGCUCACCGUUGAAGAUCCCAAUGCACUUCUCAUCUUUUCCGGUGGUCAGACUCGUCCCAACUCGCUCCAGACCGAGGGUGAAUCGUACUACUCGCUCGCCAUGGCGGCUAACCUCGAAGUGCCCAUGAUUGCAGGUAGCCUGGUCAACAUCACUUCGCCUGGCUCUUCAUCCUCUUCGUCAUCGGCGUCCUCAUCCAUCGGUUCGCUCGCACAUGCCAAUGCGGCGGUUGCGACUCGACAAGGCCUUCAAGAUGCUCGCAUGACCACGGAAAACUACGCACUCGACAGCUUUGAGAAUCUGCUCUUCUCCAUCGCCCGCUUCCGCGAGUACACGGGUCACUAUCCGGCACGCAUCACCGUCGUCGGCUAUGGCUUCAAAAAGGCGCGAUUCGAAGAUCUGCACGCCAAAGCGGUGCGAUGGAACACCAAAGGGUUCCUGCACAACGGCGAGCGAACCUUCCAGUACGUCGGGAUCGACGACGAGGGUCUCUCGGACAGCGAAGCGACGGCUCAGAACAGGGGCGAGAAGCUCAAAGCGUUCAACCUGUACGACAAGGACAUGUACGGCUGUCACGGCAGAUUGAGGGAGAAGAGGAUCGAGAGGAAUCCCACGAGGAGAUUCCAUCCGUACAUGAGCUCUGCACCGGAGAUCGCGGAUCUGCUCGAUUGGUGUCCCGCACCAAACUCGGGAUUGCAAGGCUUGUAUCCGGAGAACCUGCCUUGGGAUGCAAGAGUUAUCGGCACUGGAUGGGGGAGAGGUGCUCUGGCGGUCAAGGCGAAUAGCAAGGGCAACAUCAUUCCGGACACGAGAUGGUUGCAGAUCGGACGAGAGCACUGA